AAUUAUUGAAUUUUUUUUAUAUAUGAAAAAAAAAUAAUAUUUUUUUAAUAUUUGGUUAUUGCAAAUUUAGAAAAUCAAGGACUGAUCACUGAAUGUGGGGGAUGUUGGGGUGUUGAAUGCAGAAGAAGAAACUUUGGGAAGAGGGAGUGUGAUAGAGGAGAGAGAAAAGAGCAGCCAUGGAAAUUUCUUUACAAUCUCAAAGACCUGUUUGGUGCAGGGAAAGUAUUAGGCAAAAUGCCCACUUAAAUUUUAGACCUUUUACUGGUUUUUUCCCUAGAAAAUCUUUCAGAAGAUCCUCUCAAUCUUAUUCUUGGCAUUUAGAAUACCCGAGUAAUGGGAUUUUCCGUCCCUAUUCUGCCGCUGGAGACUCUUCAAAGAAGAAACAGAAAAGAUGGUCAGCAUCAAGGUCCAAAGGUUCUGCUCCCAAAGGAUUUGUACCGAAGGCUCCUGUUGGAACUAGCUCACCGAAGAGGGAACAAAGAAACGAAGAAGACAGUGAAAAUUCAUUUACUUCGUCCGAGCCUGAUAGGAGAGUAUCUGAUGUAGGAUCUAGUGGUGCUGAGGAAAGAGAGAUAUUAGAGGUUUCUCAAGUAGAUAGAAUUGAAGAACAAAAGGAGGAUGCAACAAAUGGAAAAGUUGGAAAUCCAUCUCCAGUCAACAUAGCAGUAGCUGUUGCUAGUAAAAAUCUGCUGAAGGAAGUAGAAAAUGUUAAAGGGUUUAUUGGGGAAAGAAAAACCAGUGCUGGUGCUGUUAUUGAUGAAACUAGAUUAGAAGCUGAGAAUUUAGAGGCUGAUCAAGGAAAUGCUACUGAAAGCAAAGUGUUUGUUUCUGAAAGAAUGAAUUCUGGCACGCUAAUCAGUGAUGUGGAAGAAAAGGAUGAAUUGAAGACGAGUCAGGAAAAUAUUGAAACUGACAAUUAUCAGACAGAAAUUCAAGCAUUAGGUCUAGAUAGAGGAGGUUCUGAUAUUGCUCAGGAGGAGUUGUCUUCAGAAAACAAGCAAACCAAUGAAAAGGGUUAUAGGGCUGAUACUAAAAUCUUGGUACCAGAGAAAAGGGUUUCUGAUAUAACCCCUUACGCGAAAAAAUGGAAGGAUAUAGUUGUUGUUAAGGAAAAUCUGCCUUUGAGUGUUACUGACACUAAAGAGCUUGGAUCUAUCCCUGGCGAUGAGAAGGGAACCGUUGAUAUAGAUAGUAAGAAAUCUGAUGAUGGGAAUGUUCCAGAAACUGAGGUUUUGGGUUCAGACACGAAGGAUGCUAUAGCCAUCGCGGAGAAGGAAUUGGAGGAAUCUUUGAGAAAAUUGAAAUUGGAGAGGGACGCGCUUUUGCGGAAACAAGUGAUCGAGGAAAUGGCUGAGGAUAAUUUCUCCAAAGGCCACAAAAUUUUUAUUUAUCCUGGGACAGCGAAGCCUGAUCAGGAUAUCGAGCUAUUCCUUAAUCGAAGCCUUUCCACUCUGAACAAUGAACCAGAUGUGAUGGUCAUGGGAGCGUUUAAUGAUUGGAGGUGGAAAUCAUUUACCACAAAACUUCAAAAGACCCAAUUUAAAGGUGAUUGGUGGUCCUGUCAGAUUCAUGUUCCCAGAGAAGCAUAUAAGAUAGAAUUCAUAUUCUUCAAUGGAAAAGAUGUUUAUGAAAAUAAUGGGAAGAAAGAUUUUCACAUAAUUGUUGAAGGGGGCAUGGACGUGGAUACUUUUGAAGAUUUUUUGCUUGAGGAGAAGCAUAGAGAGCAAGAGAAACUGGCAAAGAUAGAAGCUGAGAGGGAGAGACAAGCCGAGGAGCAGAGGCAAAGGGAGGAAGCAAGGGCUGCAAGUGAAGCUGAUCGAGCACAAGCAAAGACAGAAGUGGAGAAAAGAAGAGAAAAACUGAGAGAACUGAUGAGCAGAGCUUCGUCGUCCUUGGACAAUGUCUGUUUUUUUCAACCUUGUGAGUUUAAAGAUGGUGAUUUGGUUCGUUUGUAUUAUAACAAAAGCGCCGGUCCUCUUGCUCAUGCCAAUGAUGUUUGGAUCCACGGGGGUCAUAAUAAUUGGAGUUAUGGGCUAUCAGUUGUUGCAAGGCUAGUGAAAUCUGAGGAGAAAGGUGCUGACUGGUGGUAUACUGAAGUUACUGUUCCUGAUCAGGCAGUUAUCUUGGACUGGGUUUUUGCUGAUGGGCCACCACAGAAAGCUUCCAUCUAUGAUAACAAUAAGCGCCACGAUUUCCAUGCUCUUGUUCCCAUGUCCAUUCCUGAAGAAGUCUACUGGGUUGAGGAAGAACUCCGGAUAUACCAGAAACUUCAGGAGGAAAGGAGAUUAAGAGAGGAGGCCAUACGUGCCAAGGUCGAAAGAACAGCCCGCAUGAAAGCUGAAACUAAAGAAAAAACUCUAAAGACGUUCUUGCUAUCACAAAGGCACAUUGUUUACACUGAUCCUGUGGAUGUACAAGCAGGGCAAGAUGUUAAUGUGUAUUACAAUCCCUCUAACACUGUACUGCAUGGGAAACCGGAGGUUUGGUUUAGAUGUUCCUUUAAUCGAUGGACUCAUCGUAGAGGUCCAUUGCCCCCUCAGAAAAUGUUUCCUGCCGAUAAUGGGUCUCAUGUAGAGACAACUGUCAAGGUACCAUUGGAUGCUUACAUGAUGGAUUUUGUUUUCUCGGAGUGGGAAGAUGGUGGAAUUUUUGACAAUAAAAAUGGUAUAGAUUACCAUGUACCCGUCUUUGGUGGGAUAGCCAAAGAGCCCCCAAUGCAUAUUGUUCAUAUAGCUGUUGAAAUGGCUCCUAUUGCUAAGGUCGGUGGCCUUGGAGAUGUUGUUACUAGCUUAUCUCGUGCUGUUCAAGAGUUAAACCACCAUGUUGAUGUAGUGUUUCCAAAAUACGAUUGCCUGAACCUUACCCAUGUGAAGGACUUCCAUUACAAAAAGAGCUACUCAUGGGGUGGUACUGAGAUAAAAGUUUGGUUUGGGAAGGUUGAAGGCCUUUCUGUCCACUUUUUGGAGCCGCUAAAUGGAUUAUUCCGCACUGGUUCUGUCUAUAUUGGCAAAAAUGAUGGUGAGAGAUUUGGCUUCUUUUGCCACGCUGCACUCGAGUAUCUCCUCCAAAGUGGAUUCCACCCUGAUAUAAUCCAUUGCCAUGAUUGGUCAAGUGCUCCAGUGGCAUGGCUGUACAAAGAGCAUUAUGGGCAGUAUGGUCUUACUAAUGCUCGUGUUGUCUUCACUAUUCAUAAUCUUGAGUUUGGGGCAUACUUCAUUGGAAGAGCGAUGGCGUAUGCAGACAAGGCUACAACUGUUUCUAAUACUUAUGCAAAGGAGGUUGCUGGAAAUUCUGCAAUUGCUCCUCACCUGUACAAAUUUCAUGGUAUAUUGAAUGGGAUCGAUCCAGAUAUUUGGGAUCCAUUCAAUGAUAAUUUUAUUCCUGUAUCAUACACAUCGGAAAAUGUUGUAGAAGGCAAAAGAGCAGCUAAGGAAACCUUACAACAAAGGCUUACCAUAAAGAAAGGUGAUUUCCCAUUAGUGGGAAUAAUUACUCGCUUAACUCAUCAGAAAGGAAUCCAUCUCAUCAAGCAUGCCAUUUGGCGAACUAUAGAGCGUGGAGGACAGGUUGUGUUGCUCGGUUCUGCCCCAGACCCACGCAUACAGCAAGAAUUUGUUGAUCUUGCAAAUCAAUUGCAUAAUAUGCAUCAUGACCGCGCUCGCCUUUGUUUGACUUAUGAUGAACCUCUUUCACACUUGAUAUAUGCAGGCGCAGAUCUGAUUCUUGUCCCCUCAAUAUUUGAGCCGUGUGGCCUAACACAGCUUGUUGCUAUGAGAUAUGGUUCAAUACCAGUUGUUCGUAAAACUGGAGGACUUUAUGAUACAGUAUUUGAUGUUGACCAUGAUGUAGAGAGAGCAAAAGCUCAGGGUCUGGAACCAAAUGGAUUCAAUUUUGAAGGAGCUGAUUCUGCGGGUGUGGAUUAUGCACUCAAUAGGGCUAUAUCAGCUUGGUAUGACGCGAAGGAAUGGUUUGACGCAUUGCGCGAACGUGUGAUGGAACAAGAUUGGUCUUGGAAUCGGCCAGCGCUCGAAUACAUGGAACUGUAUCAUGCAGCUCGCAAGUAAUGAGGAGCAAGACAACAUUUCCACAGAUUGUACAGAUUCAGCAAAUGAUUGCUGACAAGUUUUUGUUCACUUAGAAUCUUACCUUAUUCUAGUUAUGCAUAUUGCUCGAUAUCAUAUAUAUUAUAUAGAUAGUCAUAAUAAUGUGAAGUAGCAAAGUUCUAGGCCUACACUUUUAGCAUACCAUAAACAAUGUCCCAACUCUCAUCAUAUCAAUAAAUUGAUUCAUUAAUUUUUAAAUUCAA